AUGCAAUGCUUUGUCAACCUGAUGACGUCUUCGACGACAGUGCCAUCGUUAUCUCCCUCCUCUCACCCUGCACCUAGCGCAUCCCCAACAUCAGCCGAGCUUGGUGGAUCCAUUCCACGGUCGCGAUCUUCCACAGGCAUCGGACUGCCUCCAAAGUAUGGAUCAGGAUACUCGGCGUCAUCUUCUCCCUCUUCUGGUGGUUCGGUACUCGGUCAUUCUAACAACCAACAUCUUUGGGCGUCUUCUCGGCAUCGAUCCGUCUCUAAUUCGGGACCUCUUCCUAGCAAUGGAGCGACAUCUGGAUCCAGUCAUGGAAACCGCUCCUCUGUCAUCUCUUCCCCUUCCCAAGGACUUGUCUAUCCUUCUUACUCAGAGUCAAACACAGCUUCCAAACAGCAACAGCAGCCACAACACAACUCACCCCAACAACGUCAGAGUGCAGGAUCUUCCGCCUCGCUCAUGGAGAUCUAUGCUCAGCAACAACAACUCCAACAAUACUCCAAUCAGAGAGCACAGUUGUCGCCAACGCAAGUUCAGCAGAUGUACAUUAUGCGCAACUCUCGCUCUAACUCCUCGCUGACAUCUGCCGCUACCGCUGUUGCUGAAAUUUCUCCCACAACUACAGCAGGAACACCAGGAGCAAUACCAUUACCAGGCGUAAUUGGAACCGCGUCAACAAUAUCUGAUACCGCCGUCUUGGGACAUGACACGGACCAGCCCCCCAUGUCUCCCAAGGACGACUCUUCAAUGUCGUUGCCCUUGACAACACGACAAGUCACCGUCAUGUUCGAGUCGACUUCGUUCUCUGUCCAGGAUCCCAGUCAUCCAAACUACAUCGGUAAUAAGACCUCAACAGCACAGGCACUUGUGCCUACGCCAACAAGCCCAGUAACACCAACAGGCGCUGGUUCGGUGGCGUCCCUUCCAUUGCUGGUCUCUACAGCAUCCUCCUUCUCAUCAACCCCGAUGGGUGUGCCCUCACCUUCUUUCCCAGGGAAAUACCCUGGCAGCGCCACUCCAAACAACACUAUCCACAACGGUGGUAACAAAAGGCUCAACGACGCUAAGCCUCUCCCAAUCGACUCAUCCAUGUAA